AUGGGGUGGUUAUCAUGGGUGUUUCUCCUUCUGUUACCAUUUCAUUCUCAAGGUCUUCAAUCAUCAUCUCUCUUGUUUUCUCCUUCUCCUUCUCCUCGUCCAUUAUGUCAUCCUGCUGAGAGUUCCGCUUUGCUCCGGUUCAAGAACUCGUUUUCGAUUAAAACUUCCGCAGGCUACUCCAACAUGGGGGGAAUUAGUCCUCCUUCCAAAACAGCCUCUUGGAAAAACGACACGGAUUGUUGCACAUGGGAUGGUGUCAUAUGUGAUAGCAUUUCCGGUCACGUAAUUAACCUUGUCUUGGGUUCGAGCUUGCUCCAUGGCCCUUUUCAUUCCAACAACAGCAUUUUCUUGCUUCGCCAUCUGCAAGGUUUAUACCUCUAUGAUAACGAUUUCUCCGGCUCCCCCAUCCCACCCGAAUUCGGCGGUUUUUCCAACCUGACAGUUCUUAGCUUAUGUAAUGCCAAUUUUUCUGGUCAAGUUCCUGUUGAAUUGUCUGGCUUGUCCAAACUUGCUCAACUCGAUUUAUGCUCUUCGGGAACUACCGAGUUGAAGUUGAAGACAUAUGUCUUGAAAAGAAUGGUCCAAAACCUAACCAAUCUCUUGUCACUCAGUCUACUUGAUGUCAAUAUGGUUGAAGUUGAACCGAUGACUUCCUUCAUGAAUGUAUCUUCUUCUUUGAUGUAUCUUCAGCUAGUCGGGUGUCAGUUACAUGGGAAAUUUCCAGAAAACAUUUUUCGUCUGCCGAACCUUCAAACACUCAAUUUAGAGAGCAACAUAAAUCUUGUUGUUUCUUUUCCGACAUAUAAUUCGAGCAGCGCAAGCGCAGUAAGGUACCUGACUCUUUCCAACACCAGCAUCUCUAUAGAAUUUACGUAUCUAGCUAGAAGUGCCAUCUUUUUGCAGAGUUUGGAUAUGUCCAAUUGCAAUUUCAUAGGAUCACAUCCACCUCUAUUUGCUAACCUCACACUUUUCUCACAUCUCACUUUUUUAGCCUUCUCUCACAAUAAUUUUGCCGGCCAACUUCCAGAAAUUUAUAGUGCUAAGUACCCAAACAUAAUCCCUGUUCAACUGAAUUUGACACAUCUUGAUCUGUCUUAUAACUCAAUAACCGGGUCUAUACCUUAUUGGAUAUGUUCCCUUCCGUUUUUACAGUAUUUAGACUUACAAAAUAAUCAACUCAGUGGUCAGGUUAUGGAAUUCCAAUCCCAAUCAUUGUGGAUUCUUAGGUUGAACGUGAACAAAUUUUACGGUCAAAUUCCCAGCUCUGUCUUUCAACAAGAGAACCUCUUUAUUCUAGAUCUCUCAUUUAAUAAUUUUAGUGGUAUUUUAGAGUUUAACAAGUUCAACAAGUUGCAAAACCUCGUGUACCUCCAACUUUCUUCUAAUAGCUUCUCAUUGAGUUCGGAUAGCUAUUUCGACGAUAAUAUCUUCCAGAAUCUUAAAGUAUUGGGUCUGUCUUCGUGCAAUCUACGCGCGUUUCCAUAUUUUCUACGAGGCUCGAAAGGACUCAUGAACCUAGUACUCUCUCACAACCAAAUUCACGGCACAAUUCCAACAUGGUUGUGGAGUGAGAGAAGGAGUUCAUUGACUUUUCUCGAUCUUUCUUAUAACUUUCUAACAGAUAUAGACCGAAUUCCGUGGGAAGGGUUAAAUACUUUAGACCUCCGCAAUAACAUGCUUCAAGGGCAUCUUCCAAUUCUUCCCCCUUCCUUGAGGUCCCUUUUCAUCUCAAACAAUCAACUGUCGGGAGAGAUACCUUGUCUAUGUUGCAAUAUGAGUGAGCUCACCAUCCUUGCUCUGUCAAAUAACAGUUUUUAUGGGAACAUUCCUUCUUGCCUUGGAAAUCAAUAUUCUCUCUCGGUGUUAGAGAUGAAUUUGAAUAAGUUUUACGGUGUAAUCCCUGACAUGUUUGCAAACUCAACUAAGCUGAGGAGUGUGCACCUCAAUGGAAAUCAGCUGGAAGGGCCACUGCCACGAUCUUUGCGCAACUGCCGAAGCUUGGAAGUUCUAGAUGUGGGCAAUAACAAGAUAAGUGACACUUUUCCCCAUUGGUUGGAACUACUUCCGACGCUACAAGUUCUUAUCUUGAGAUCCAAUAGAUUUCAUGGUACGAUAGGAAAUCCAAAAGUCAAAUCUCCCUUCCUAAAGUUGAGAAUUAUGGACCUCUCAUACAAUGAGUUCAAUGGCCUUUUGCCAGCAUUGCUUUUCAAAAGUUUCGUGGCUAUGAUGGAAGUCAUGGGGGACGCAUAUUACCAGGAUUCCGUGACGGUGACGAUGAAAGAUUUUAACUUUGUGCUGGUAAAAAUCCUAAGCAUCUUCACAACAAUCGAUUUCUCAAGAAACAAUUUUGAAGGAAGGAUUCCAGUGUCGAUUGGAAACCUCAUGUCGCUCAAAGGGUUGAACUUUUCUCAUAAUAAACUGAUUGGCUCGAUCCCAGCAUCAUUGAGAAAUCUAACUAAUCUUGAAUGGUUAGACCUCUCUUCAAAUGAGCUAGCGGGGCAGAUUCCCUUGCAGUUGACAGACUUGACCCAACUCCAAAUCCUAAACCUUUCUCAUAACAAAUUGGAGGGACCAAUACCUAGCGGAAAGCAAUUCAAUACAUUCAACAAUGAUUCAUACGUAGGAAACGCGGGCUUAUGUGGGUUUCCUGUGUCGAAAUCAUGCAACAAUGAAGAGGCCCCAGAGGAUCAAGGUGAUGAUGAAGAACACAGCGAUGGAAUGUUUGAUUGGAAGGUGGUGAUGAUGGGAUAUGGAUGUGGAAUUGUAAUCGGAGUAUCUGUGGGAUACAUGGUGCUUUUCAGUAGAGGCUUUGAUCAAUGGUUUUUGAAAAGGGUCGGAAAACAACGGCGACAUAUAACGAUUGCUCCCUUGAGAGGAAGGAGAAGAAACUAG